AACCAGGGGCGGAGGCGGCGGCCAGGGAGGAAGCGGAGGAGGCGGAGGCGGCCGUGGCGUUCACCCGCCCGCUCACUCUCUCGGUUUCCCCGCCCCCGCCGGCUUAACGCCGCUGAAGGGAGCCGGGUGCGCGCUGCUGCAACCUAUCCUCAUCGUGGCCGGCUACUGUAAGACCAGACCCAUAUCCAGACCAAUCUCCCUGUCCGGGCGUCUGCGACGCGGGCUCCGCAGGUCGCAGGCAGGCGGCCGGGGCGCCUGAAGGUUACCGAGUGCAUGAACGCCUAGCGCCUCCUGCGCUGCCCCGCCCGCCGGCCAGCCGGUCCGUCCGCCGGCUCGCCCGCCAGCCCCCCGGCGCCCGGCGGCGGCGGCGGCGGCGACGACGGUCGCAGGAAGCGCGAUCUCCCUACCAGGUGCGCGCUUUGCUCCCGGAGCCGCGGAGCUCGGCGGCGGCCAUGGCGUCCAACAUGGACCGGGAGAUGAUCCUGGCGGAUUUUCAGGCAUGUACUGGCAUUGAAAACAUUGAUGAAGCUAUUACAUUGCUUGAACAAAAUAAUUGGGACUUAGUGGCAGCUAUCAAUGGUGUAAUACCCCAGGAAAAUGGCAUUCUACAAAGUGAAUAUGGAAGUGAGACCAUACCAGGACCUGCAUUUAAUCCAGCAAGUCAUCCAACUCCAGUUCCUACUUCCUCCUCUUCUUCCUCUUCGGCGUUUCGACCUGUAAUGCCAUCCAGGCAGAUUGUAGAAAGGCAACCUCGGAUGCUGGACUUCAGGGUUGAAUACAGAGACAGAAAUGUUGAUGUGGUACUUGAAGACAGCUGUACUGUUGGAGAGAUUAAACAGAUUCUAGAAAAUGAACUUCAGAUACCUGUGUCCAAAAUGCUGUUAAAAGGCUGGAAGACGGGAGAUGUGGAAGACAGUACGGUCCUAAAAUCGCUACACUUGCCAAAAAACAACAGUCUUUAUGUCCUUACACCAGAUUUGCCACCACCUUCAUCAUCUAGUCAUGCUGGUGCCCUGCAGGAGUCAUUAAAUCAAAACUUCAUGCUGAUCAUCACCCACCGAGAAGUCCAGCGGGAGUACAACCUGAACUUCUCAGGAAGCAGUACUAUUCAAGAGGUAAAGAGAAAUGUAUAUGACCUUACAAGUAUCCCUGUUCGCCAUCAGCUAUGGGAGGGCUGGCCAACUUCUGCUACAGACGAUUCAAUGUGUCUUGCUGAAUCAGGGCUUUCUUAUCCCUGCCAUCGACUUACAGUGGGAAGAAGAUCUUCACCUGCACAGAUCCGCGAACAGUCCGAAGAACAAAGCACCGAUGUUCAUAUGGUUAGUGAUAGCGAUGGAGAUGACUUUGAAGAUGCUACAGAAUUUGGGGUGGAUGAUGGAGAAGUAUUUGGCAUGGCAUCAUCUGCCUUGAGAAAAUCUCCAAUGAUGCCAGAAAACGCAGAAAAUGAAGGAGAUGCCUUAUUACAAUUUACAGCAGAGUUUUCUUCAAGAUAUGGUGAUUGCCAUCCUGUAUUUUUUAUUGGCUCAUUAGAAGCUGCUUUUCAAGAGGCCUUCUAUGUGAAAGCCCGAGAUAGAAAGCUUCUUGCUAUCUACCUCCACCAUGAUGAAAGUGUAUUAACCAACGUGUUCUGCUCACAAAUGCUUUGUGCUGAAUCCAUUGUUUCUUAUUUGAGUCAAAAUUUUAUAACCUGGGCUUGGGAUCUGACAAAGGACUCCAACAGAGCAAGAUUUCUCACUAUGUGCAAUAGACACUUUGGCAGUGUUGUGGCACAAACCAUUCGGACUCAAAAAACAGAUCAGUUUCCGCUUUUCCUGAUUAUUAUGGGAAAGCGAUCAUCUAAUGAAGUGUUGAAUGUGAUACAAGGUAACACAACAGUAGAUGAGUUAAUGAUGAGACUCAUGGCCGCAAUGGAGAUCUUCACAGCCCAACAACAGGAAGAUAUAAAGGAUGAGGAUGAACGUGAAGCCAGAGAAAAUGUGAAGAGAGAGCAAGAUGAGGCCUAUCGCCUUUCACUUGAGGCUGACAGAGCAAAGAGAGAAGCUCAUGAGAGAGAGAUGGCAGAACAGUUUCGUUUGGAGCAGAUUCGCAAAGAACAAGAAGAGGAACGUGAGGCCAUCCGGCUGUCCUUAGAGCAAGCCCUGCCUCCUGAGCCAAAAGAAGAAAAUGCUGAGCCUGUGAGCAAACUGCGGAUCCGGACCCCCAGUGGCGAGUUCUUGGAACGCCGUUUCCUGGCCAGCAGCAAGCUCCAGAUUGUCUUUGAUUUUGUAGCUUCCAAAGGAUUUCCAUGGGAUGAGUACAAGUUACUGAGCACCUUUCCUAGGAGAGAUGUAACUCAACUGGACCCAAAUAAGUCAUUAUUGGAGGUAAAGCUGUUCCCUCAAGAAACGCUUUUCCUUGAAGCGAAAGAGUAAACACGGCCCAGCGGUGGAACCAGCCAUUCCUUGACAAACCGGCAGCCUGCGUCAGGAGAAGGGCUCCUUGCCAACCCACCCACUCGCUCGUCUCACUCAGUUCAGUGUCACACUUCUGCCUCUUGCAAAAUUGCUGGAAAAAGUCAUAAUAAACAUAGCUACUUAAGAUUUCCCA